AUGUUAAUAUUAUAUAAAUUGAGAUACUACAUUGUUGAUCUUUGUUUAGAUUUGAAAAGACUAUUUGAAGAAAAUUUAGAAUGGUAUCGAGAACUAUUUAAACCAUUUAUAGUUUAUCGUGGUACCCAUUUAUUUCCAGCGGCUAUUGCACAGCUAAAAAAGUUAAAAGGGAAAUAUAUAUCAACUAAUGGAUUUUUGUCUACGACACGCAUACGUGAUGUAGCAGAAUGUUUUAUGACUAAUGUUAUAUUUCAAAUUACAAUUGAUACCGAAUCAAAGAAUAAUGUUUAUGCUUAUAUAGCACAGUUUAGUAAGAUGGACGAGGAAGAAGUUUUAUUUGAUCUAGGUGCCGUAUUUAAAAUUACUGAUAUUGAGAACAUUAUUAAGAGCGAAAAAGAAAUCUUGAUUGUAUCGAUGAUAUGUGUAGAUGACAUUGAGUAUUUAAAAAAUGAUUAUAUUGAAAAACAGCGUUAUAUAUUGCAACAAGAUUUUUGGACAGAUCAUUAUUAUGGAAAUUUUUUAAUUAAAAUGGGUCAUUAUUACAAGGCAGUAGAAUAUUUUGAAAACGUUUUACAGCAUACAUCUCUUAGCCAAUUCGAAAAAUAUCCUAUUUUUGUAUAUCUUGCCGGGAUCUACAAUUGUACAGGUCAAUAUGAUUUGGCGUUAAAGUAUGCAAACGAUGCAAAAAGUAUCAAUGGUGAUUUUAUUCCUGAUUUGUUGCAACGCAUUUGUCAUGCUACUGAAUGUAGUCCGGAGGAUUUCACAUCAACUGACAUACCUGACGGAGAAAAUUUGCAGAAUUCAUUUGAUUUACUAUUACAAGGUAAUAUUCAUCUAAAUAAACAUGAUUAUAAUCUUUCAUUAGAAUGUUCUGAAAAAGCGUUAAAAGGCAUUGUUGGAGAUAAUCUGAAAUUGGUAACAGGCAUUCAUUUAAGUAUUGCAAAUUUCCAUCUUGUACAAGAAAACUAUUUAUAUGCUCUUAAACAUCUUGAUCAAUGUUUAGAAAUACAUAAUGAAUUUGAUCCAUCAAAUUAUGAUGAAAAAGUCAAUAUACACUUUUACAUAGGUAAAACUUAUCAUCGGAUGAUGAAUUAUCCUAAGGCACUAAAACAUUUAUUAGAAUGUGAAUCGCCAAGAGAUGGACCAAGUUCUAGCACUAAUUACCCCAUAUUUUCAACGAUAUAUCAUUUCAUCGGUACCAUAUACUUUGAAACUAAAGAAUAUGAUUUAUCUUUACAAUAUUAUACAAAAGCAUUAGAAGUUGAGCAGCAAACAAAAUCAGAAAAUACUGUAAUGAGUGCUAUUAUUCAUUAUGAUCUAGGAAAAUGUUACCAUCCGCAAAAACAAUAUGCUAAAGCAACUGAACAUUACAAUAAAUCAUUGACGAUAAUCGGAAAAACAAAUAACAAAAAUGCUGAAAGAGAAAUGGCUCAUUUAAAUUAUUGUACCGAAUAUUGCUAUUUGCUAAAAAAUAAUGACGAAGAUGAUUUAAUGUUAAAAUCCUUUACAAAAUCCUUCGAAUUAUUAGAAAAAUAUUCAUUCGAAUAUGAUGUUUUCGAGACAAUGGAUAAAUUAUCUACUGCAUUAUAUACGAAAAACGAUAGUGAUAAUUUAUUAUUACUACAUUUUGAAAGAAUACAGUUAUUAAUGCAGAAGGAAAAUUUAAAUGAAAAAGACAAAAUUGAAGUUGGAGAUUUGUGUUUCGAUAUUGGUUGCUGUUAUUUCGAUGCAAAACAGUAUAAUUUCUCUCUUCGAUAUUACCUACAAGCAUUAUCAGUACAGAAAACCAUAAUACCUAAUAAUAAACUAAAAAUGUCUUUGUUAUAUAGUUGUAUUGCAUAUUGCUAUGCUAGACAGCAAAAAUACAAUAUUUGUAUAGAACAUUUAAAAAAAUCAGUGAAUAUACAAGAAACUAUGGUGAAAAUCGAUAAAAAAAGCCUUGCAUGUUCCUAUAAGGAUCUUGGCUGGUAUUAUUAUCUGAAUGAUGAAUAUGAUCAAGCUCUAGAUUGUUCCCAAAAAUCGCUGCGUCUUUUUGAAAGUUGCUCACAGUUAAAAAAUUUAGAAUAUCCAGAUGUACUUCAUAGUAUAGGUACUAUUUACUACUAUCAAUCGAAUUAUGAACAAGCAUGGUUAUAUGGUAAAAAAUCAAUGAAUGUAAUCCACAAACGUAGAACACUUAGAAAUCGUACUGUUUCAAAAAAUUAUGAACUAUUUGGUAAGAUUUUUCAUUAUUAUGGAGACAAAAGUCUUGCUUAUAACUGUUAUAGGAAAUCACUAGACUAUUUGGAAAUUCAAUUAUCUUUUCCCCGUAAAGAUGUAAAACGUGUUAAAAAUCUAUUACACAGAUUACUUAACGAGACGUAA